CUGCCAGCAGAACCACAGUCCAAUCCACGCGCAGCCGGGACUCCCUUUGGCGCCAUGCGCGCGCGGUUCGGACAGAGAGGCGCGUGAUGAGUCGGAACUGCGCGGCUCCUCGACACCUUUCCGGAGCACCGCCACCACCACCAUCAUCACCAUCAACAGGUGUGACUGUCGUGUUGUAUUCUAUGAGACGACAUUAAAUGAGCCACAUUUUGGGAUAUGAAUCGUUUCACGCGGAGAUUUCCUAACUUCCCCGCGUGCCGCUGAGGAACUUCACCGUUUGGUUCUUUAUUCCCUCACGGAAAUGUGGACGCGUUGAAGCAGAGGACUGCACUUUCUGUUUUUGAAACAAUGUUGUUUUUAGUGAUUAUUUCCAGAGAGGCUCAGCUUUCCCUCUACGAUGAUACAGAUGUGAUGUGAGCGAACUGUGGACUGUGGAGUGUCCACCUUUUCACGCUACAGAGGCUGCAAAAAUCAAUGCGUUCCAGGAUAAAACACUUUCCCGUGCACAACAUGACAUGCUGAUUCCUGUGUCACUUGCUCCACUCCUUAAUCUUUGAAGCGUUCACCAUCCUCACAGCAAACCUGAGAUUAGAGUUUCCUGCUGGAAUAUGCUCAGCGAGCAGCUCAGUUUUUGGAUGAUCUCUAUCAGAUCGAUCGUGACAGAUUCUUUUAAGACAAGCCCAUAAGUUUGUGUUGUUUAACGUAUAAUUUCAGCUUUCUGAGGACUAAUGAAGGUCAUCAUUUAUAAAUACCAAGACAGGUGAAACUAUGCUUGCUUUUACCUGACAGGACGUGUGGGAGGUUGCUGCUCUGAACAUGCAGGACACAGCAGGGCCUGAUAUGCCCAGGAAAGCCCCUGCCAUCGAUGGCUUUGCCCUCUUAUGGGGCUUGCUCUGGGGAUUAUUCUUGGCUAACACACCAGCGAUGGCUUGUCCCACGAGUUGUCACUGUAUUGAGAAGAGUGGCAUGACGGUGGUCCAGUGUAUGUCUCGCAACUUGGAGAAAAUCCCGUCAGAUCUUCCAAGAGAUACUGCUGUCCUACUUUUGGCGUCCAACCACAUCACCCACAUUCCCAACCACGCCUUCAAAGAGCUGCACUACCUUCAGGAGCUGGAUCUGUCUAACAACGACAUUGAGACUGUGGACGUUGGAGCUUUUCAAGGUGUUUCCGACAGCCUCCUUGUCCUUGAUCUGUCAAACAAUCGCAUCCAAAGUGUCCCCAAAGAGGCUUUCGCUCGUCUAAGAGCCAAAAUCAGCCUCUCGAACAACCCGUGGCACUGUGAGUGUACGCUGCAGGAGGUCCUGAGGGAGCUCCGGCUGGACCCCAAGACGGUGAACGAGGUGAUCUGCCACACGGCGGUGCAGGAGGAAUAUGCAGGCAAACCGGUAAUCCAGGUGCUGGACUCAGGGAUCAACUUCUGCAACUUUCACCACAAGACCACCGAUGUAGCCAUGUUUGUCACCAUGUUCGGAUGGUUCACCAUGGUGAUCGCGUACGUCAUCUACUACGUGAGACACAAUCAGGAGGAUGCGAGGAGGCACCUGGAGUACCUCAAGUCACUGCCCAGCAGCUCUCAGAUCAGCAAGGACUUUGACACCAUCAGCACUGUUCUCUAGCAGGGCUGCGGCUCAGAAGCUGCAGUGUGUGUGUGUGUGUGUGUGUGUGUGUCUGUAAAUAUGUGACUAAAUGUGUGAUUACAUAAAAAAUGACUUAAAAGCUGUUGCAACACAUAAUCAGAUGUGUUUUUAAGGAAAUUAUUGGAGGUCUCUCAGUGACCAAAUUGGGUUGUUUUGAUUUUUUUUCAGCUUUUGUAAUAAUCUAAAAUGUAAUUUAUUUUGAUUUUAUUAAAUUUGAGUAAAUCUGGCUCUACCAUCAGCCAGGACAACAGCGAUAGCACAAAAUAAAAUACUAAACCUCGCAUUCAACUUGCAGAGAUGAGAGAUUGAGACCGGAGAGAUAAAUGUUUGCACUCUGGUGUCGAUCCACAGUGUGAUUGAAUUUGGACCGAGAUGAAUGAGGAGGACAACCAUGUCUCCCAGUUACUUUGUAUUGAUUGAUUUACGUUCUUCCCGUCACACCGUCAAGGUAAAGGGCAUUUUUACAAGACUUUGGCUAGUGUAUAAAAUAAGGCAAGGUGUUAACAUUCAGUUUGCAUAACACAUUCAUUACAGCCCUGCCUCCAAUAAACCGCACACAACUAUUGACCCAGGAAAUAAGGUGACUCUGCAAACACUGCAUGGUGUGACAAUAAAGACAAAAUGUAGUCAAACGAGGAGAAGCUGCCAUACGCUUGCAUCUCUGAGAGGUUUUUGGUAAAUUCAGAAAAUUAUUUAAACAAGCGUUUCAGCAUCCCAUGUUGAGGAUGUUAACUUGCCUACUUUCUUACUGGGAUUAAUGCAACCAAUGGAGCUUUGCAUACUGAUAGUUUGAGCAGUGUUUGCGGGUCCAAAUUUACUGUAUGUAUGAAUGUAUUUAUGUUGAAUGUCAACAUUCAAAAGCGUCAAACUCAAUAUGGUUUAUGUUAUUUGUGAACCACAACAGCAAGCCACAAAUAGCUGAAUUAAUCUGCCAUAACAAUUCCUACUGUUAAUGUGAUCGUAUCUUAACCCUGUUUGUAUGGACACAAACUUGAUCUUUUUUAAUUACUUAUGAGUUACGUUGCUGGUCAGGAAUUGAUUGUGUCCAAGUGCCUACUCUCGGGGUCUUCUACACCAUAGCACUGUGCAUCACGUUGGACAACUGAGUGUCACGUCUGUCUGUAGGACUG